AUGGCGAGCACAACUGGAAACACAGGGCUGGUCUUUUCUGUCUACAUGCCAUACAACUCGACUUCUGAGAUUGUCAAUGCUGUCAGUGAAGUCUGUGCAGAAAGGAAGGAACUGUUGCAGAGUGAACAUGCUGGCGACUGUAAUGGCCACGCUGCAAAUAACGGUGUGCAUUCAGAGAUUUCAGUGGCGGAUUUGGAUCGCCACAUGUAUAGCACUGGCUGCCCAGAUCCUGAUAUCGUCAUCCGAACUUCAGGCGAGACUCGACUGAGCAAUUUCCUCUUGUGGCAAACAACGUUUAGUCACUUGCAGAAUCCAGAUCCUCUGUGGCCCGAGUUCUCUUUCAGGCACCUUGUUUGGGCUAUAUUACAGUAUCAGAGAGCUUACCCUUACCUAGAGCAGAACAGAAAGCUGGCUAAGAAGCAGUUGUGA